AUGGACAAAGAGCAGAGUCAGAGAAAAAGAGCAGAGGAAGAGAGCACUCGGGGAGUAUCCUCUUCUUCAUCCAUCUCUUCAGAAGCCACAGGUGUAGACAGCAGUCAAUAUGACGUGUUCUUGAGCUUUAGAGGCUCGGAUAUCCGCAAUUCAUUCAUCGAUCACCUCUAUCACAAUUUGAUCAAGGCAGGAACUGUACCAAUUUGCGUGUUCAGGGACGAUAACAAUAACUUAAUUGGUGAGGAAUUUGGUUUAGAGAUUCUCAAUGCCAUCACACGGUCUAAGAUUUCGAUCCCUGUCAUCUCCGAAAAUUAUGCUUUGAGCAAAUGGCAUGAGGGAAAAUUAAUAGAACGUGUGGUCGAAAUUGUCAUAAGCAAGUUACGGGAAGAUUUUUUGCUAGAUGUGCCUCAGCGCCUUGUUGGAUUUGAUGGUCAUGUGAAGAAAAUUAUGAGUUGGAUAAACGAACCUUUCAUCAAUGCUCGAAUGAUUGGAAUUUGUGGCAUGGGCAGGAGGAUAGGCAAGACAACUCUUGCCAAGUGCAUUUACAAUCAGCUCUUGAAUAAAUUUGUGCAUGUCAGCUUCCUUCCAAAUGUUCGAGAAAGUACCAGACGCCACGGUAUUGCAUAUCUACAGAGUCAACUAAUAACAGAUAUACUACAUAUCAAAAGUCAAGUGUAUAGAAUUGAUGAUGGAAUCAAUAUAAUCAAAUCUAGAUUUAAAGGGAAAAAGGUUCUCAUUCUUCUAGAUGAUAUAGAUGACAAGAAUCAACUAGAUGCGUUGGCUGGGGAACGUAAUUGGUUUAUGGCAGGGAGUAUGAUCAUUGUUACAACUAGAAAUGAGGCUGUUCUUCACAAAUCUGAAUUCGAGGUAGACCACAAGUAUGAAUUGAAUGGAUUGGAUGAGGCGCAUUCUUUGCUUUUGUUUAACAGACAUGCAUUUCGUAUGAACGAUUCUCCAAGCAACUUUAAGGAAAUCUCUCGUGAUGACAUAGCCACUAUGGGUGGCCUGCCCUUGGCUAUUGAGGUUGUGGGUUCAUACUUAUACAAAAUAACAAAUCUAAGAAUAUGGGAAGAUACGUUGCAGAAAUUAAGAGAAGGAUUACAUAAAGAUGUCCAAAAGAUAUUGAGGAUAGGCAAUGAUGCAAUUGUACAUAGAUAUCGAAAGAUUUUUCUCGAUAUUGCAUGUUUUUUGGUUGGUGAAAAGAGCAAAUUCGCCAUUUACAUGUGGGAGGAUUGGGGGUUUCCUGCGAGUCAAAGAAUUAAAGAGAUGGAGCUGAAUGGCUUAAUAAAAUUUGGAGAAUAUGGUGAGUUAAAGAUGGAUGGUGCACUAAUAGAUCUUGGAAGGGACAUUGUUCGGCAAGAACGAUUGCUUGAGAGACGUAGCAGAUUAUGGGUCUACGAGGAAGCCCUAAGAGUAAUAAUGGAAGAAAAGGGCACUAAUGGUAUCCAAGCAAUUUGCCUUGACAAAUACUAUGGCCAGCCACUGAGGCCCCUUGGCCAUGCCCAGACUUACACGGAUAAACAGUUUAAACACUUACGGAGCUUAAGGUUCCUUCAAUUGAGGGCGGCGGCUUUAAGUGGAGAUUUUGACAAACUAUUUUCUGAUUUAAGAUGGCUUCAGUGGUUUGACAUUGAACCCAAUUUGUGUAUUUUGGCAAUCAAUUUGCAUCUACCGAAAUUAGUGGUGCUACAGUUGUCAUACAACCAUAUCACAGAGCAUUGGGGUGGAUGGGAUUCCAUAAUGGCAGCAAAGCGGCUGAAAGUUCUCGACCUUGCAUUUUGCAAUUAUUUAAGAUGUACUCCCGAUCUUUCGGCUUUCACAUUACUGGAGAUUCUCAUCUUGAAACACUGUGACGGAAUGGAGCAACUCGACCCUUCCAUAGGCAGAGUCAAUAGCCUUGUUUCCUUGGACUUGAGUGAUUGUAGCAGUCUCAAGGAGAUUUCUACGUCAAUCGGUUCUCUAAGGAAGCUGGAGAAACUGAGUGCCAAGGGUUGUCGGUCAUUGAGAGAAAUCCCUAACUCAAUUGGAGAUUUACAGAACUUGCGACAUUUGGACAUUAGUGAAUUUGCGAUUGAAAAGUUACCCAAUAUUAUUGGAAGGUUGACAAAUCUGCAGACACUAAGUCUCGAAUCCUGCCAGAGUCUGAAAGGCGAAAUUCCAAGUGAAAUCGAAAUUCAGGGCCAUGAUUUUCUGAAUAUCUUGGAGGAGAUAGUUAUAGAUUGCUGCAAAUCUAUUGAAAGGCUGAUCCUUCCGGAAUUACGGUGUUUGAAGCAAUUAAAGGCUAACUAUUGCCACAAUCUAGUCGAAAUUCAAGGUCUUGACAGGGUGAAGUCCUUAGAGGUGUUGGAUAUCUCUAACUGUGGAUCCAUUGAAAGAUUACCAGACCUACCUUGCUUCUUGACCCUGAAAGAAUUGAACAUCAACGACUGUCACAAUCUACGUAGUGUUGAGAGCCUUGAGAGAUUGUUGUCUUGCCGAAGCAUAUACAGAAACUACCAAACUUGUCGAAAUUUGAAAAGUUAG